AUGGCUCCAGUCACGAAGCAAUAUGACUACAUAGUCAUCGGAGGUGGAUCAGGUGGAAGUGGUGCUGCGAGAAGAGCAAGUGGUUGGUAUGGCGCAAAGACGUGUAUCAUCGACGCCGGUGUGUCGGGAGGUUGCUGUGUCAACGUUGGCUGCGUACCUAAGAAAAUGACCUGGAAUUUUGCAUCCAUUAGCGAAGCCAUUGCAGCAGGCAAGCACUACGGCUACAAAUUUGGCGACGGAAACUCCUUCGAUUUCAAGACCUUCGUUGAGAAGCGUGAUGCCAGAAUAAAAGUCCUCAACGGCGCCUAUGAGAAUAACUGGGCCAAGGAAGGCAUUGAUCUGAUAAAGGGACAAGCAUCGUUUAUCAGCGAGCAUGAGAUGGAGGUCACACCCAAAGAUGGAGGCGAAGCAUUCAGAGUCACGGCGCCUCAUAUCUGUAUUGCAACUGGAUCAUACCCGACAAAGCCCGAAGGCAUCAAAGGCUCAGAGUAUGGCAUUACGUCCGACGAGUACUUCCUGAUCAAACAUCUCCCAAAGAAGAUGGUUUUCGUCGGCGCAGGAUACAUCGCAGUCGAGCUUGCAGGUGUGAUGAAUGCCAUCGGUGUUGAGACGCACCUGUUCAUCCGACACAACACCUUUUUGAGAAAAUUCGAUCCGAUGAUCCAAGAGACCAUGACCAAGCAUUAUGAGGAAAUUGGCGUUCACGUACAUCGGAACCAUCCUGGUAUCAAGGAAGUCAUACAAUUGAACCCUGGUAGCGAAGACGGUUCCGACCCCCGAGAGAAGCAGCUCAAGUUGGUAAUGAACGAUGGUACCGAGAUGAUCACCAACGAGCUAUUAUGGGCAAUUGGCCGAGGCCCAGAAACAAGAGGUUUGGGGAUGGGGAAAAUCCCGGUCAAAACGAAUAAGACGGGUCACAUUGUCGUGGAUAAGUACCAGAACACAUCAGUCGAGGGUGUUUAUGCUCUGGGUGAUGUUACAGGACAGGCUGAAUUGACACCUGUCGCCAUCGCCGCCGGUCGUCAACUAGGUAAUCGCCUCUUCGGACCUCCUGAACUCAAGGCUUCGUACCUCGACUACGAUCGCAUCCCCUCGGUGGUCUUUUCGCACCCUGAAGUCGGCGCCACAGGCCUCACCGAACCUCAAGCGAUCGAGAGGUAUGGCAAGGAAAACGUCAAAGUGUAUCAUACCAAGUUUUCGGCCAUGUUCUAUGACGUAUACCCACCAGAAGAGAAAAAGAAAGAGCCGACAGAGUUCAAACUCGUGUGUCAAGGCCCCCGCGAAGAGAUCGUGGGACUGCACAUCCUAGGCCGAGGGGUUGACGAGAUGAUGCAAGGAUUUGGUGUUGCCGUCAAAAUGGGCGCAACGAAGAAAGACUUUGAUAGCUGUGUUGCGAUCCACCCGACCAGCGCAGAAGAAUUGGUGACAAUGAGGUAG